CGCUUGUACUCCUAUCUCAUGAAGGGAAGAGUAUUACAGCUAUUGCGUACUAUACGUUACCGCCCUCCGCCUAGCCCUCCAUCUCAGACCGAGCCAUGGCCCCGUAUCAGCAAAACCGACAUGCACCGGUGCCUCCGUUUGCCAGAGACACUUGGGCUCAUCUUCGACUUCGUUGAGGACCGGAACACACUGGUAUCUUUGACAUGCGUGUGCACUCAGUUUGUAGAGAUGGCCGCCGAGAGAAUCCUUCGUCAUCUGAGCAAUAUCUACGAGCUUCUGAUGACUCUACCACGCAACCUGUGGGAGCUGAAGGUUCUCCACGACAAGAACACCAAGAAAAGUUAUAACUACCUCCUGCCAUGGGUUAUUAGUAUUGCUCGCGAAGUAACGUCAGAAGAAUGGAAGAUCUUGCUUGCCAAGGCCGCCAAAGUCAAAACCAUUGGCGUACAUACCAAUAGGCUAGACUACCUAAGACGAACAACUUCAAGCGACCCCGACAAUCAGGAUCCUCGCGUAUUCCGAGGGAGGAUCCUCGUGCCGGAUACGACAGCUGUGGAAGUGCUCUCGAAAUGUCCCGCUACUUUGCUCUUCCCUGGCCUUCGGUCUCUUCGCGGCCAAAUUCCGGUAGCUCUCGUACCCAGAGUCCUGUCACCUAGUCUAUACCACCUUCAUAUCAGCGCACUGGAAACCGAGGAAAUCUGGUAUAACCGCAUCCCUGUCAUGGAAAACCCCUGUCCCGAGCUUCGCUCCUUCGUCUGGAAGGACGGCUCUCGCGUCUUUGGUGGCGUUGUUGAUCGCCAUCGCUUGGAACCACAUUUCAUACUACAAUGGCAUCAUCUCCAAAGUUACACGGGUCCGGCGGACGAACAAAUCCUUCAUCAUUUCAGCCGUCUUCCACAGCUUGACAGUCUGUCGCUCUGGCUACUCUGGGAACACAGCGCCCAAUCACUUCGUCCGACCAGUGCCACAACCAAGAUCAGACUUCAAAGUUUGUGCUCCCUCCGCUGCUUCACAAACUCCCUAGAGCACGUCGUCAAAGCGAUCGAGAUCCUUUUCGGCACUGAAGACUCUCCUACAUUUCGGUGCACACGUCCGACUCUACAACACUUCUGCGCUCAAGGUCUUCAUCUAAGAGAGUCUGUGUCAGCGACGCCACAAAUAUCCUCUCCUUGCGGACACCGCGUCUGUUUAUGAGCUUCUGCGUCCGCUUUCCGCGUUCCCAAACCUCACGGACGUACAUUUUCCCUAUUUCACGCAUCAUCCAGUAUCUUGUGGCCGCCUCACAGCCCCGCAGUUGCUGGACCU